AUGACUGACACGUGUCAGAACCUCAUGAAGUUGCCAUAUAGGCCGUCCAAUCCGGAAUGGGGUCGAUUUACCCCCCACGGAGUCAACACAUUCGUCUUCAUCUCAGCCCACCGCGUCAGCCCGCUCGACUUCGCAGUCAUCGGCCUUUCCGCCCGUGGGAUGCGCUCCCAGUGGCGCUCACCCCAAUCCAACGGUCCACAAUCGUCCUCGGAGCAGUGGGGGGAGGAGGAUGAGAGCGGGGGGUGCGUGUGGGUGUCGUAUGAGGGCCCGCACACCAUCAAGGGCAGCUUGGAGUAUCUGUUUCCCGGCGACCAUGGGGGCAUGCCGUAUGAGACCAUUGUCAUCCGCUGCAAUCUAGACAAGCCCACUCCAGCCGACCCUGGCGGUGCUCUCUUCUACCACAUCUCAGGGAGGGACAUGCUGGUAUACCGAGAAGAUGAUCUGAGACCUCCUCACUCUGCUUCUACUGCUGCUGUGGCUGCUGCUGUGGGGGAGGUGGAGGAAGAGAGUGCAUCUACUGCCAAGCGGAUUCUCAACCCGCCGCGGCCGCUGCCGCACCACAUCUCCUUCUGCUCGCUGCUCAUUGACCGCGAGUACACCCCAGCGCGAGUCCUCGAGCACAUGCAGUACCUGCUCUUCUUUGGAGCAGAUGAUUUCAUAUUCUACGAUGGUGGCGGGUUCACGGACGGCUUGCGGAAUGCUGUGGCGAGUUUUACGGAAGCUGACAUGCUAAAGGUGGUGGACCUGCGCGGACUAGCAGAUUUACCAGCACGACAUAAUGUCAUCACGAUGAACGACUGUCUCUACCGCACGCGAUUCACCUCCGAGUGGGUCAUCUCGCUCGCCUUUGACGAGCUGCCUCACGUCGUCGGCCCCUUCCGCCUCUCCACCCUCCUCGCUUACCACGCCGGCCGUCCCUGGCUCUCCAUGGGCUCCUACUCCUGGCACAUCGAGCUCUGCCUGCCCAUCACAGCGCCUGACCACUGGCUACAGCAGCGCAUGGUGUUCCGAUCCGCCCACCCCACAUGCCGUCCCAACGGCGCCGCCAUUACUCCCACCGUCACCCCCACAAUCAUCACCACACCUCCUCCUCCCCCUCCCCCUCCUGCUUUGAAUGGGGCCUCUGCCAACACCACCGGCAAUGCCACCACCAGCCAGCUAGCAGACACAGCAGCAGCAGCAGGCGGCACAAACGCGAGUGUGACUGUAACAGAGGGGCCAUCAGAGCCGUUGUUUUCAGGAGGAGACCCCAACAUGUGCCUUGGUGAAGCGGGCAUGCGGAGAGUGAUGUUCGACCCUCGCCAGGUGCAAGCCAUGGCAGAGCACUACUCUGCCAUUCCCUUCCGUGGGGGAGUGGAUUUAAACGCCUCCGUUAUGCACACAAAUAAGUACACUGGAUUGCUCGAGCCAGCAGCGCUGAUCUGUGAGUAUCACCUAAUGAAGGGGUCAGAGCCACGGAGCUACAAGAGGAAGAUGCAUGUAGCCAAGCUCAUCCGCCAGGGCAGACAGGCGGGGUUGAUAUCGCUUCCCGUUAAAGAGUGA